GAGAGGGACCACCACAUCCACAUCAGUUGUUUACUGCGAUUUAGCGGCACAAACGCGACGGAGAAAAGACGAGUCGCCGAGGAAAAACGCCUAUUUCUCGCGCCGAAAACCGCCCUUUUUCCCUUGCCGUUCGGCCCGAAAUGGAGGAAGCGAACUACAAGCUGCUGUUCGGCGUGCUGGGUGCGAUUUUGGUGGUCGGGCCGUACGCGUCCUGGCUGCAAAUUCUCUGUCUUUGUGCCAUCGCGUUCUACCUGUGGAAUGCCAAGAAGAUCCUGAUCAUCCUGCGCACUUUGCCUCGAGACCUUGGGUUUAUCAUCAAGCUGUACAGAAUCAUUCGCAAGAACAAACGACUGAAACGCAAAAAUGGCACCCCCGCGUCGAUGCUGUCGGAUGUGGCCAGAAAAUACCCCGAACGCCCUUGUCUCUUGUUCGAAGACCAAGUCUGGACCUUCAAGCAGGUGAAUGAGCUGAGCUGGCGAGUUGCUCAAGUUUUCCAUGAAUUGGGCCUGCGGCGUGGAGACGUGGUGGCCCUUGUGAGCACCAACCGGCCCGAAUACGUGCCCAUCUGGGUUGGCUUGUCUCGACUGGGCGUGAUCACCGCCUUGGUCAACAAUACUCUCAGGCACAUGGCCUUGCAGCAUUCGCUCAAUGUGGUUAACGCCAAGGCUGUCAUUGCUAGUGCAGACCUUUGUUCAGCCGUAGCUGACGUCAAAGGAGAAUUGACGUCGAGCCCAAAACUAUUCAAAUUUUGUGGGGCCGACCAGAAAUUUGAGUUGGAUGUUUCACUGCCGGGAUUUGAUUUGCUGAACAAACUUUUGGACAACGCACCCUGCACUCCUAUCGACGGACUGAAACCUCCAGAUUACAAAGAUGAGCUAAUUUACAUCUACACCUCGGGCACCACCGGGCUUCCAAAAGCCGCAGUGCUCAGAAACUCAAGAUAUCUGUUCGGUACUUUGGCCUCUGUUUACUUUGCUGGUCUAACUAAGAACGACAGAAUCUACAACCCUCUUCCUCUCUACCAUUCGGCUGGAGGUGUGGUCGGCAUUGGCCCUGCCAUCACCCAUGGAGUAUCGUGCGUCAUCAAGCCAAAAUUCUCGGCGUCAAAGUAUUUUGAGGACUGCACUAAAUAUGAAUGCACUGUUGGCCAGUACAUUGGUGAGAUGUGCAGAUACUUGUUGGCGGCGCCCCCGUCGGAAUAUGACCAAAAACAUAAAGUUCGUGUCAUGCUUGGCAAUGGACUUAAAAUGAACAUUUGGCAACAAUUUGUCGACCGCUUCAACAUCAGAGGAAUUGUGGAGUUUUACGGAGCCACCGAAGGAAACACCAACAUAGCUAAUAUUGAUGGAACUGUCGGUGCUAUUGGUUUCCAACCAAGACUACUUCCCGAUUUUCUCAAUCCAAUGGGCCUUGUUAAAGUGAACGAAGUGACUGGAGAGGUACUGCGAGAGGGCCCUGACAAUUUGUGCAUUAGGUGUAAACCUGGCGAACCUGGCAUGUUUGUCGGCAAAAUCAAAGAAGGCGAUGUGACUAGAGAAUUCCACGGAUAUGUCGAUAAACAAGCCUCAAGCAAGAAAGUGACCACAAAUGUGUUCAAGAAGGGGGACAAAUACUUUGUUUCAGGAGAUAUUUUGGUAAUGGAUGAGCUUGGUUACUUGUUUUUCAAAGACAGAACAGGAGACACUUUCCGCUGGAAAGGAGAAAAUGUUUCCACAACUGAGGUGGAAAAUGCCAUCGUCAAAGCUGUCGGGUUAAGAGAUGCUUGUGUUUAUGGAGUUGAGAUUCCUAACACUGAUGGAAAAGCUGGUAUGGCCACAAUUGUUGACUCUGAUCAUAGCUUGAACAUAGAUGAGCUUGGAAAGGCCUUGGCCAAAUUUCUUCCUUCGUACGCUCAGCCAAUGUUUAUAAGACUAGCUAAGACAAUCGACAUGACAGGUACUUUCAAGCUGAAGAAAUUCAACCUGCAGAAGGAUGGGUUUAAUCCUGCAAACGUUGGCACUGACCUUAUAUAUUUUCGAGUCAGCAAGGAUGGCGAUUUCAAAGAACUCACUCCAAGUUUGUACGAAGACAUCAUUGCAGGAAAAGUUCAGUGCUAGUUAGUGAUGAACAUAAAAUGAUAGAGCACGGGGACAGCUAAUAGCAAGUUUUUGAAUGCCGGUUUUGCUUUGCGACCCCUUCUGGGUGAGUUUUGUUUUAUAAGACUGCGAAAGAAAUAAUGCCCCUCAUGAAAAGGAUAUGUUUCACUGUCAAAUUGUAUUUUUUUUGCAUCAGUUCUUUUGAAUAAGAGACUGUUUUAUAUUUAGAAUUACCUCAAAAUGGACUGUUGCUUAAGCUACUUGCAGGAUAAGUUUCUGCUAUUUUAUCCUGGCAGGCAGCUGAAUAUUAUCAUUUGCAUUUCCUCAGCACAAUCUCAUUUUAUUUAAUGUCUAGAAUCAACAUUCACACAUAUAAAAUAAAAAAUUUUUGAAAUCGAUACCAAAUUUGCCUGAUGUCAAAAUAAUUUUAGAGCUUAUGGGAUCAAACAAAUGUCUUGAAUAAGCUAAAACAAUGUGUGAAUCAAUAGGUCUGUUCACCGAAACACAUCAAGUACUGUUGUUUUACCUCAUAUUUUUGUGCUAUUUAUAACCAAUAAGAGGACUGAGACAAUUAAACCAAAAACCUCAGCUUUUGUAUCACAAAAAUAAACACAUAUAAAUUACUAA